AUGGGCAAGGUUCACGGAUCUCUCGCUCGCGCCGGCAAGGUCAAGUCGCAGACCCCCAAGGUCGAGAAGGCCGAAACCCCCAAGACGCCCAAAGGCCGCGCCCACAAGCGUGAGCAGUACACCCGCCGCUUCGUCAACGUCACCCUCGCCCCCGGGGGCAAGCGCAAGAUGAACCCCAACCCCGGCGCUGCCUAA